GUGACAUGGGAUUCUGCUAAUGACCCACAAAACCCAAAGAACUGGUCUAUGAAGAGGAAAUGGGCCGCGUUAACCAUUGUUGCUUUCUUUACUAUAGUAUCGCCUAUCACUUCUUCCAUGAUCGCCCCCGCUCUCAGCCAUAUAACCGCUGAUUUCCGGAUCAAAAAUGAAGUGCAAUCACAACUCACGCUGUCUAUCUUCGUCCUUGCACAAGCCAUCGGCCCACUGUGCCUUGGACCACUUUCUGAGAUUUAUGGACGAACAAUUGUGCUACAGUUAUCCAAUUUGUUCUUUGUGGUCUGGAACCUGGGAUGCGGGUUUUCUCAGACUCCAGCACAACUAAUGGUUUGUCGUUUCUUCAGUGGUCUAGGCGGGUCCGGACCGCUAGCUAUCGGUGGGGGUAUUUUAAGCGAUUGUUUCCUUCCUGAACAGCGUGGACGAGCAGUAUCGAUUUAUUCGCUGGGACCCCUUCUGGGACCAGCCGUUGGACCUAUUCUUGGUGGUUUUAUCUCCCAGAACACUUCAUGGCGAUGGUAUUUCCAUGCAACAACAAUUUUCGCCGCAAUGGUGCAGUUUUGUGGAUUCUUCUUCCUGCAAGAGACAUAUGCGCCUAGGCUUCUCCAGUUGAAGCGAGACAAGCUACGCAAAGAAACUGGUAACCAAGAACUUCGCACAACAUUCGACACUCCCGAUCGGACUGUUGUAACCAUAAUCAAAACGGCGUUGAAGAGGCCAUUCAAACUGCUGGGCACGCAGCCCAUAGUCCAAGUACUGGCAUGCUACAUGGCCUAUCUCUUCGGGCUGAUGUACCUCAUGCUUUCCACCUUCCCCAUCUUAUGGGUUGAUCGUUAUGGCAUGUCCAUUAGUACCGGAUCCUUAAAUUACCUCUCCAUAGGUAUCGGAUUCUUUGUCGGUACACAAAUUACUUCACUUCUUAUCGAUGCACUAUAUUGCCGUCUGAAGUUCCGCAAUAACGGUAUCGUGAGACCUGAAUUUCGCGUCCCUAUGUUGGUACCUGCAUCACUUGUGAUCCCUGCAGGUCUCUUCUGGUACGGGUGGAGUGCGCAAGUCCGCAUGCAUUGGAUUGUGCCUAAUGCUGGCGCUGCGAUCUUUUCUGCAGGCAUGGUAAUGGCGUUUCAAUGUAUCAAUGGGUAUCUGAUUGACUCUUACACGCGGUAUGCAGCGAGUGCCAUUGCUGCAGCGACAGUGUUAAGGAGUCUAGCUGGAUUUGGUUUCCCGUUGUUCGCACCGGCUAUAUACAAGUGGUUAGACUUUGGAUGGGGUAAUAGUGUACUUGGCUUCAUCGCAAUAGGGCUAGGUGUCCCGGCACCAUUCAUGCUGUGGAGAUUUGGCGAGAAGUUGAGAAGUCUAAGUAGAUUUGCGGCUGGCUAA